AUGUUUAAAAAUCUUAAGGAAAAAAUUAGUGAUAGUUCAUUGAAAACAAGACCUGUUCCAGCUACAAACCUUGAUCAAAAAACAAAAACAACUGAAACUGAGGUCAAAAAUGAGUUGAAGGUAGAAUCUUCUUUUGAUACUACUACCACUACUAAUGCCCCAUUCUCUAUUGAAUUGGAACAAAAAGAAAAAAUAAAAAGGUUAGAAGAGUUGCUUUCAAAAUGCAAACACACGAUUCAGUCACUUAAAGAAAAGAUUCAUAUACUGUCCAAUGACAAAAAUGAUCUGAUGCAACAAAUUGAACUGAAAACAAAGGAGAUUGAUGAUGUUAAAAAUGAAAAGACAGAGCUGAAUAAAACUUUAGAAGGAAGGAUAUCAUCAUUAGAGCAAUGUUUGGAAGUUGCAGAAUCUAAAAGAGUGAUGGAUGUUGCCAAUGUGAAGCAGGAAAUGCAUGGAUUGUUGGAAGAGAAGGAGCAGGAAGUCAUCAGAGGCAUGCAUGUUGCAAAAGAGUUAGCAGAAGAGAAGGAGCUAAUGCAAGCUGAAUUGCUUGUUAUCAAACAUCAAAGUAAAGAAAGCAAUGAUGAAGUUGCAAAGCUGAGGUUAAGAAUUACAACACUUGAGCAAGAGGCUUCUGAAAAAGUGCAAGCAACAGAAGAAAGGAUGGAGAAAGAGAAAUUGGAUGAACUGCAUGAACUGAGGAGAGGCAAAGUUGAAGCACUUCAACUUAUGCAGGCAAGCAGAAAACAGAUGUCUGAUAGGAUUUCUGAACUUCAGAAAGAAAAAGAAGAAGCUCUCCUGGAGAGGGACAAACUGUGGGAGGGCAAGUGGAAUGAAAGGAAAAGCUCUCAAGAGAAAGAGCACAUGAGUGAGAUGAUGAGGGAGCAGGAAGAGAUGGCGCUUGCAGCUGAGGAGCAGGAGUUGCAGAGGAAGAUGAUUGUGAACCAGCUACAACAUGAGGUCACCUCCCUGCAGAAUGAUCUCUCCAUUCUAUCCAAGGAGAACGAAGAAUUGAAGUUGAAGUUACUUUCCACUGGUGACGAAUUGAAGGAUGUCGUUACUAAGUUAACCAUCAAACAAAAUGAACUUACUUCCCAGCAUGAAGUUGCCUUAUCAAAUUUAAGAAUGCAACAGCAGGCUGACAUUGACUCUUUGACCAAACGUCAUAUGAAUGCAUUUGAAAAGUUGAAGGUGGAUUCGGCUUUCAAGUUGCAGUCCGUCAUCAUCGCGAAAGAUAAAAAGUUUGAAGAGUUCUCCACUGAAUUGAACGAGCGACUAACUGUGCAAAUUGAAGAGCUAAACAGCACUGCAUGUUCCAGGAUGUUGGCACUGCAAGAUAAAAUUGAAAAAUUGAGCAUGAAAAAUGAAAGCAUCAAGCUUCAAUAUGAGGAGCUCAAAGGUAAGAAUGAGGCAAUCAAUGUUGAAGCAAGAAAAAAAAUGGAAAGUGAAAUAUGUGCUCUGAGUGAGGCUAAUCUGUUAUUGAAGGAUGACAUUCAAAAGUUGAAGAAGGAGCAUAAUAAGCAGAAUGUUGAACAUCUAUCAGAAAUAUUGGAACUUCGAGAAUUAAACGAGAAGUUGUCGACAGUAGAACAGCAACUGAGAUCUCAACUGAACAGCACAGAAGAAAAACUGACCUCUGAACUGGAUCGAGUGACGUCGGAGAGUUCACUAACGUUGAGUCAGUUCAAGGAUAUGUUGGAUGCAAGUCAGCAUGAUAUGAAGGAACUGCUGGAUGAACUCAUCUUUACAAAAAAUUCUUCACAGAGCACCAUUGAUGCAUUAAAAUAUGAGCUCGAGCAAAAAAAUAGCAAACUAAAAAGAGUUAUGAAACAGUUGAAAUCGGUAUCUGAUGGGGAUGCUCUUGAAAAAGACAUUGAAGCUGGUGAUGAUUUGAUUGACGGUGGAGAUCACUGCGAUAUCGUCAGGAAUUCAAACGAAAAUAACGCCGUCAAAAUUGAAGCUGAUAAUGCAAAUGAGUCAAAAUUAGGAGAUGAAGUUGGCAGCUGUUCAGUUGCAAACAUGAGUUACUCUGAGAGUAUGGUCCUGAAAGAAAAGAUGAAGGAGCUUGAUAGGAGCAACGAACAACUUCAUGAGGCAAAGAAUGAAAUCAUCAAAUUGAAACAACUUCUAUCUGAUAAAGAGUCUGAUUUUGAAGAGUUGAAUCACAAAUUUUGGCAACUCUCUCAAGAAGCGAAGAAGAAAAUAACUGAAAUGAAACUGCAACUUGAUGAAAAAAAUAAAGUGAACGACAAUGCAUGCAUUGCAGAGAACAAAGAAGCUGUAGACAAUUAUGCUUCAAUUUGUAAUAUCCUCAAUAGUCCACCGAAUGAAAGUUCAGAACAAAAUAAAAACUCAGUCACAACAUCCUCACUACAACAAGUUACUCGACCUGCUUCACCACAACCACCGUCAUCGUCUUCAUCCUCUUACAACGAAAUGGAGUUUCAGCUGCAGGAACUAAAGUUGAAACAUGCUGAUGAGAUUGACAAGUUGAAUGAAGAAAUUCGUAAGUCCAGGCAGGAAGUUCAGUUUUUCAAAGAAAGUUUCAGGAGCCAGUUCGAUGAGGCUCAGCUGAAAAUGAAGCUGGUGAUGGAGAAGAUGAGAGAGAACCACGAAUCCAUCCUGCAGGAGAGGGACAACCUGCUGGACAUCAAGCUGGAUAACCUCAAAAAAGAAAAAGACAUCGAGAGAAAUAGAGAGGUAAGAAAACUGAAUGAAAUGCACAACAAAGUGCUGCAAGAAAAGAACGAAAAGUUGCAAGAGUUUGAGGCUCAGAUAUGCACAUUAACCUCACAACUUCAACAUCUGAAGGACAAGCAGACUGACCCACCACCAGCCACACAUACUUCUCCUAAUGAUGACACUACAACGAAUAACGAGGUGGCCGCAAACCACAUCACACCAGCGAGUGAUGACGUUGUGAUGACAUCAUCUGAUGACGUAAUUUCGACCAGUGAAAUGAUCGUCAACUCUGAAACAAAUGUCAUUAUUGUGGACAAUAAUGACGAUGACAACAUCAACAACAAUAACAGCAAUAACUGUAACCUUAUUGUUAACUCCAACGACAUUAACAUCGAUGUCGUUGAAAGUGCUGGUCAGCAUGAUCUUAAAAUGUCUCCUGUUGGACAAUAUGACAGCAAUAUUGGUAAUCCUAAUAUUAUGCUUGAUGUAACGAAACAUAAGAACAGUUAUAACAACAACAAUUCAAAGACAUUUCGUAAUGUAAGCUCCAUAAACAACAACAGCAGUGAUGAUAAAGAUGUUGGGAAUAUUAUCAAUAGGACACCGAUAGUUUCUUUUGAUGUAGGUAUACAAGUGGAACUUGACACGAAACCAUCCACAACAUCUUCGCCAACAAUAACAACAGCAACAACGCCAACACUACCAACAACAACAAUGUUGUCACAUAUUAGCACUAAUUACAUUCAUCAUGAACCAGCCAUCUUAGUACCGAGUAGCCAGACAGCAAACCACGUCAGCGAGAACAACGACACCAACCAAAACAACUGCAACAGCAUAUCCCUUCUAAAUGAUCUUUCACAUUUAGAAGAGAAACACGACUGUAACAAAAAUUACAACAAUUCUCUGGACGACAGUUUGGCCGACAUCAUCGACAACUUUGAUGAGAUCGUCGGCAACAAAUCGCCAACGAAUUGUAGUGAUAAAAAUAAUCGGAGCAGUUGCAACGCCAGUAGCAACAAAUUUUCAAAGUUUAGAAACCAGGAACGACUUCUCUCAUUCAACGACGAGUCACUGAUUGACGUCGAAGUUUCCGACGCCAACAACACUGAUAAUGAAUCCUUGUUAGAAGCGUACUCAGCUCUGAACAUUCAGCCAACUGAAUUGGAGACGCUGACGAAAGUGAUAUGCACGGUCAUGAGGUUCACAGAGGACGAAAAGAAGCAAAUUAUGGAAAGCCAGCAGAGCAUCAAGACGAAAGCUUCAGUCAGUUGUUCUUUGGUUCAUUUCAUUUUCAUUGCUUCCAUGUAA